AUGGUCAGUGGAGCUGGCCACGCGAGAAAACAUCUUUCCUCAAAAAAUGGUUGUGCUCCUGGAUCGAACGGAUUAUUUAGCUACGGCAAAAAAAAUGGAAAUUAUGUCGCCGAAUCUCGGGAUGAGUUCGAAGAAACUCCUUUCCAUGCCGCGGUGAUGACCUAUCUCGCUUACUUCUUUUACAUAAUUUUCGGUUAUUUCCGUGACUUUUUGCGUAAACAUGGAUUAGAAAAAUGCAAGACAGUUAAAGAAAACGGCAACGAGGUAAGAAAUAAUUUCAAUAAUGGUUGGUAGUUAUAUUUGAGAAAAGAGGUGAAUUUUGAGAGCUCAUUCGCUGUCAAUACAUUCUAAUCGAGAACAAUGGAAGUAAAACUCUGGCAAGCCGGUGUUUACAUAACACUUUAGGCCAUCCUCUUUUUUUAUUCCGUUUAGCGUCGUUCGACCGGCCCAAAUUUUUGGCAUUUUCAAAAAAAGAAAAAAGAAGUAACGACGUAGUUAAACCAUUUUUCACUUGAAAUAAUUCUUUAAUCUGAAAAAUGAGCAUAUAUAGUAACAGUGCAAAGAAAAACAGGAACAAAAACAGGAACAUUUUUUACAGUAUAUUGUGCAUUUUGUUAAUCCAUGAUAUGUAAAUGUUAACUUUUAACGUCAUCAUGACGAACCGGGACCUCCUAUUCCGAGACUUCUUGUGACCCAAUAUCAGGAAACUCAUUCGACGCUAAACGAAAAAAAGGGGGGAUGGCCUUACAGCACAAAAAUAUUAGUAACACGCCUUAUGCAGAUCGAUGGAGAAUUAUUUAUUUGAAAAGAAUAACGGCCACUGGAAAAAAGAAUAUUGCUCUUAGCUACGCAUAUAUAAAUUGAAGAGGGGACGAUUAGAGAGUCUUCAAGAAAUUUUAUACCCCGUCAGCAAGCUAGGAGAACCUCGAUUGUAUCAGCCGAAGAAUCAGUUUGAAAUAUUUUUACUUGAGUAACCUAGGAAAUUGAAGGUUUAGGGACGAUAAUACUCUUCGGAAAAUAAGAAUUAUUUUUAAAACCUAUGGCUCUGGCCAUAUUUGAGUUGUGUAGGAGACCAAUGACCAAAACAGACAACUAAAUAAGUGCUGUAGUAAUUUUAAUUGUUCUUAAGAAGUUGACAACGGUGUGGGUUCUUUCCGCUUAGCCGCUAAGCUAAACCUGUUGGGUAACAAUAUGCGCUUUCUACUCUAAACAACCUAAGAGAGAACUAAACCUGCAAUUCCUCUCCCACUCCAAUUUAAUAUAGCGACGAGCUUCCGUCCGUUCCAUAUGGGAGUCCCUCCGGAUUCCAAUGCGGAAGCGACUGUCGUGUUCACCUAAUUUGGAGCUGUGUAUUUGAUUUGAACCCGUCUUCUUCUUUAUUUUCUGUAUUUUUUCUAGUUACACUUUUAGGUUCGGCAUUCAGAAAAUAUCAAUUCGAAACUCUGUUUCAAAGUCCUAGUAAUAUUUGUAACAUAAUUAUUAAAAAACAGGUAGAAAAUGCCUGAUUUUGGCUUUUUGAAUGGAUCUCUGUUUUUGAUGAUAUGCAAGUAUUUUGUUGAACCAAACUAACAGAAACGCUUCUAAGUUGUUGUGUAAAUUCUCACGGCUUCAACAUGUAAAUGAAGUAAAACGAUUCUCACAGCUGAAUCAACAACGAGGAAGACUAAUGAGUUUGAAGAGUUUCAGUUUAAACAAGCAAUAAUUAUUAAUUAUUGAUCAAUAAUUCAUAAUUAGUACUCGUUUAAACUGAAACACUUCAAACUCAUUAGUCUUCCUCGUUGUUGAUUCAGCUGUGAGAAUCGUUUUACAAUUUGCAGCUGCGGCAAGAGAUCGAAGAGCUUUUUUCCUUUUUACUUACCAGCAAGUUAUUUUUAUAGCGGAAAGAAAAUAAGGAUAGUUCACUCUUACACCAAUGACAAAAAAAGGUUUUAAAAAACUAUCUAGAAGUAGAGUUAACGAUAUUUUAAAAGAUGCAAGACCUUGAACAAUUAUACUACGAUUUAUAAAGAGUUGAAAAAUCCCUCAAGAAAUUCUCUUAAGAUCUGCUCAGGUUCUGCCAUUUUCUUUGGCUCUCAGAUUGUAGUUUUUCAAAAUCUGCUGUUAUCCCCCGUAGUUUGCUGUCUUUAUUAGCAACCAGUUGAAUUGACUCCCGAGGACUCAUGAUCGUUCGUCCGAAUCGUACUCAAAACAGGGGCACCCAACGAGAAUUUAUAUAGUUCAAGACCUCUAAAACAUAGCAUUGUUGAACGUAUUUAAUAUUAAAACGGUAGAUAUAGGAUUUCCUAGCUGAAAGUCUAGUGAUCCGAAAAUUAUAGGGAUCAAAACUUACCUUUCGAAAAUUUCAGUCAGAAAAAAGGCUCCCGAAAAUUCUAGGUGACCUUUUUAGGGUAAAAAUCCGUUAAAAAUGGGCAAUUAUACUGACCAUUUUUGGGGGGUUCGAAAAUCCUAGGAGAGGUAGGCAAGCAAGAAAUUUAACAACAAAUGUUCCGAAAAUUCUAGAUCUCAAAUCGUCUUCCGCACAGAUAUUUUCAAAAAAUUGUCGUUGGGUGCCCCUGACAAAAAUCUCCCGAAAUUAUUCCGCUCGGAAUGGAAACCCAGUACGUUAUCUUUCUUUUGUUGUUUUUGAAUGCUUUUUGAUGUUGCGUUCGUUGGGAAACGAGAAAAACCUAACGGACGCCAAAUUACCUCAUCAAAUCAAGAUUCAAUCAAUUGAUAAUAACAGAUUUUUUUUCAGGCAAUACCGUAAAAUUCCGAAAAUAAGCCCCUCCAUGUUAAGCCCCUCCAAAUAUAAGCCCCCCAAACUCGUGACGCAAAAGACCCUCCGUUAAAUCGCCCCUCCAAAUAUAUACCCCUCUUGGGGCUUGUAAUUGGAAAUUGCCCUCAAAUACAAAGUAAAACUAAGCAAAAACGGUAAAUUUUGUUUCUUCUAUAAGGUUAGCCCAAUCGAUUUUGAAACGCAAAUUUCCCUCCGUAGAUAUGACCCUCCGAAUAUAAGCCCCUCCAAAAAUAAGCCUCAAAAAGGGCCUUUGAAAAAUAUAAGCCCCAGGGAUUAUUUUCGGAAUUUUACGGAUAUUUCGUUAUAAGUUGAAUUUUUCUUGCAUAAUAUUUUCCUCUCAGAAGAUUGGAUGUUAAUAAAUGUUGUAUCUAAAAGGAUCUCUGUUGACUUAGUUGUUAGGCGGUGUAUGACAUUUGCAGACUGCAGACUGCAGACCGCAGACUGCAAAUUGUAAAUUAAAAGACACCAAAAAUCUUCCUAAUAAAGGUGACACCAUCAAAAAUAUAACAUCGUGUGCAAAUGAGAAAGUAGCCUGCGAACAAGGUUGAUAUUUUUGCGCAAAGUUACAAUGGCCUCAUUUCCAAGAUGCUGUUGGCUAUUCUUCACCAAUGCGACUCUUUAUUGCCCACCUGGCAUAUCACUAAUUGCGUUGAUUCUUUAUUCUUCUUUGAUUAUUGUGAAUUGAUAAUGACAACUACAGUCGAACCCCGCUAUUUCGAACUCGGUUAAUUCGAAGUCCCCGCUAUUUCGAAGGAAGAUCGAAUUCCCUUGGAUUUACCCUUAUGUUUUCAGUCAUUUACUAUCAGCUAUUUUGAACUUGGUUAUUCCGAAUUCCCCGCUAUUUCGAACUCAUCGUUCUUUCCCUACACCUUAAAAUCAACCCCGUUAUUUCGAACUUGUCAAAAACAGAGUACGAACAUAAGAGCACAGCUGGAAACGUUUGCAUUUUAUUUAAGCUCGUGUUACGUGAUUAAUAACUUAACAAUGCUUGACUCACGUGCAGUGUCCCGCUAAGAAAUUCCAGCUGUGUUAUUCAAUUACAAAACCAAAACGCACUGUUAAAGAACUGUUCUUCCGGCUGAAAUACUCAUGCAUGAACUCUGCUGUCUCUAUUCUGAUCAUUCGACAUUGUAUUUUUAUUUAAUCAGUGCCUUUCUUCAUACUGUACUGUAUUUUAUUAAAAAAUGCUUCAUUGUUAUGAAUUUUACGCUUCCCCGGUUAUUUCGAAACCCCGCUAUUUCGAACUUUUUUCCAUUUCCCUUGACUUCGAAAUAGCGGGGUUCGACUGUAACAAUGCCCACUAAUGCCUGUCUAAAUAGUAGUCUUCUGUAAAAAAAGUGUUUAGAUUGCGAGCACUUCGUGCUCAAUACAGUGACGUCGACAAAAACAACUAGGAUAGAUCACGGACAUUUAACACCUUUUAAAUGACGUAUUUCAUCUUAGCAGUAUUUAAGGAUAUGCCAAAUAAUCUAAACCAAACAGAUCCUACCUGGACUCGACGAAUUACCGGAAGUGCAUUUUGAAUUUCUAAAUAGGCAAAUCGACAAUGGCUUUUUUAAUAGGCCAAUCAUUGCUCAUACUCAAAAUCCUAGUACACAGGUGGGGCCCCCGUAGAAUAAGGAUUCCGGCGCUGUUUCACAGACAGACUUAUAUAACCAGAGUUUAGUUUCGUCUGUGGUGCAGGCUAAAUUGCUAGCCUGCAUGUUGCUAUGGAUUCAUGAGCGAGUUUGUGACAUCGGCAGAUAUUAUUCUGCUAUAAUUCAAAACGAGAAGAACAGCCAACAACUCCUUCAGGAAUGAGGUCGGUGUAAUUUGCGUGAAAAAUAUAAACUUCGCUUCUAGGCCUUACAUGUACUUCUCGGAACAAGGUAAUGUUGAUGAUGAUGCCACCUUUGUUACGAUAUUUUUGGUUUCAUUCAAUUUACAGUCUUGCUGCCUCAUGCAGUCUGCAGUCUGCGGUCUGUGGUCUGCAGUCUGCAGUGAGUUUGACUAAUAGUCGCGGGCCGCGGGUCGCGGGUCCAAAGUCGCGGUCGCGGGUCCAAAGUCGCGGUCGCGGGUCCAAUGUCGCGGUCGCGGGUCCCAAGUCGCGGUCGCGGGUCCAAAGUCGCGGUCGCGGGUCCAGUGUUGCGGCAGGGGAAAAUGAUUUGGGGUUCGAGGUAACAGCUGAGUGAAAACGACUGAUAUGAACACAAUAUAAAGGGAAAAAAUCUUUUUUAUGCACAGUACUCUACGGUAGCCAAUUUACAGGUUACGCAUGUUAGAGUCAACAAAAUAAUGUCUCAAGAAAAGACCUAAAAGAAAAAGCUGGCCGACUUUGGUGUUCAGCGCAAGUUUAUUUUUUUUUCUUUCUGUCGGGCCCAGUUAUGUGUAAAUUCGAGCUUUGAAUAUACUUAUGCAUAACAGUAUCUGAUAAAAAAAGUUACCAUAAGUUACCAUUGCUUUCUUCUUGUCGAUGAAUUGCUCACAAAUGCUUAAGGGUUCAAUUACUGAAAAAUAUGCGAUACACUUAAUAGACUACAGAUUAUAAACGUUACAACAACUUAAAAAGCUACGAGUCUGUCGGUAGAAGAAACGAGAACUCUUAUAUUUAACAAAUGUUUUCGGCAAAACUGAAAGAAAAUGUAAAUAGGCGCAUGAAACUUCAUUCAAGCGGUAUUCAAGGCAUGAAUUUAAUGUGGAAACAAGUAAUAAUCCACAGAAAGAAGUCUGUUCCUCGAAGCAAGAUUUUCGCUUAAUGCUUUUAUUUUUCCAACUGAGACGGCAACCCAGAGAGUUCAAUAUAACUUCUUGUUCUCUUCACCUAAAUGGCAACCAGGACAACCUGACAAUAGGAAGCCAUUCAAUGUGCGUCUCAGUCAAAUCUUGAAAACAUGCAUCGCAAAUAACUAAGUGAGUAAGUAGGUAAGGAAAUAAUAACGCCCGAUAUCAUGAAGCUGAAAAAGAAAGUAAACCGGACACUGAAAACGGUAAGUUAUCAACUCCACCACAGCUAAGAAAAGACAAUAAAUUAGGUAAGUAAUUCCAGAUUCCAGGUACUGGAUUCAAGUCUUUGUCAGUAGAACCAAGAGACUAUGAUCUAUUCUCUCUUGGUAGAACUUGGAUUCCGGAUUUCAAUCGUUAUUGGGAACAAACUCCUUUCUGUGGACAAGAGAGGAUAAAGCUCGAGCUUUAUCCCCUCUUGCAGUGGAUUAUUACUUGUUUUUUGAUUAAAGUCAUGCCUUGAAUACCCGCUUGAAUGUACUUUACUGGCACUUCAAGCCCAACGUCUCUCCUCCCCUUUCCAGUUACUUGUGCAAAGAGUUUAUUUUGGGAGUUUGCGACUGUUACGCGGGUAAUCUUUUAGAGGAUGGGUAGCUUGCAAACUAAACUGAACGCAGGGUUGUCGGAACAGCAACAAGAAGAUUUAUUCCAAAGAUGAACGUAGUUUCCACUGAGUAAAACUCCACAACAGCACGUAACUCGUUAAACUUACACGGCCUCCGCCAACUUGAAUAAACACUGCCUUCGUCACACUUGACUAAACACGACCAACGUCAAACUCUCUUCGCUUGUGAAAACUAGUUAAAACUUAACUCGGGCUCGCCUACGUUAUAUACCUUUACAAUAAGAUUCUAGAACUUUCCAAGUAGUCUAAUUAUAGAAAGAUUACAAAAUAUACCACUUUUAGAAACGCUUACACAAGAUCCUAAAAUAAACAAAUUAUGAACUCUCGCGAAGCUUCUAGAAAGUCACACUAUUCACGCAAUACAAUUUUUCGUAACAGCGACCAGGAAGUUUUUCAACAAGCGUUUUCUUUAUUUUUGCCAAAAACAUUUGUUAAAAUUGAAACAGUUCUCGUUUCUUCUACCGACAGACUCGUAGCUUUUCGAGCCCGAGUUAGCCUUUUUUAAAAAAGGUUUUAAGUUGUUGUAACGUUUAUAAUUUAUAGUCUAUGAAGUGUAUCGCACAUUUUUCAGUGAAUGCACCCCUAAGGAUUUUUGAGCAAUUCAUAGACAAGAAGAAAACAAUGGUUACUCAUGGUAACAUUUUUUAUCAGAUACUGUUAUACAUAAGUAUAUUCAAAGCUGAAUUUACACUUAACUGGGCCCGACAGAAAGAAAACAAAAUAAACUUGCGGUGAACACAAAAGUCGGCCAGCUUUUUCUUUUAGGUCUUUUCUUGAGACAUUAUAUUGUUGACUCUAACAUCCGUAACCUGUAAAUUGGCUACCGUAGAGUAUCGUGCACAAAAAAGAUUUUUUCCCUUCAUAUUGUUUUCAUAUCAGUCGUUUUCAAAUCAUUUUCCCCUGCCGCGACAUUGGACCCGCGACCGCGACUUUGGACCCGCGACCGCGACAUUGGACCCGCGACCGCGACCUUGGACCCGCGACCGCGACCUUGGACCCGCGACCCGCGACCCGCGACUCUUAGUCAAACUCAUGUCAUACACCGAAUAGUCAAAAUGUUAGGAAAACAACUAUCGUAGCGAUAUAUCAAGAGACGAGCGACCACAAACUGUUUGAUUUUGUUGCUUGACUACAGAUUUGUUCUUGUUUUAGACCAUGAGUUGUGAUGUUUAAAUCUAGAAAGCGUUAAGCCUUUGAAACUUGCUCCUGUUUACUUGGUCGGUACUGAUCUUUAAACCCAUGCUCUAACAAUUGAAAAGCCGUUGAGGUCCCAGAGCUGAAAUCUUUUGUAAGGUACCUAAGGCUGCCUGACUUGCAUGCAUUGAUUCGUCUUUACACGGCUUACACGACCCCUAACUCACAGAACAAUUUCAUGGCGUACGCCCUGAUGUGCUUAGGGGCCGUCGACAUAUUGACUUUUCUCCGCUUAACGUCAACUGGACGUUUAGGUCAGACCCCCCCCCCUCCCCCCUCCUUAACGUCCACUUGAAAUUUUGCUGCUCCACUGAAAAAUCACUGCAUUCCAGUACGAAUACUGACAUGCACUUUUUACGUGAAGAUGUCACCGAUUUACUGUUUUAAAACGUGGUAGAAACUUCAUACGUCGAAUUAUGCUUUGUCCUACCUGUUUUCUUACAAAAUCUACAUAACUGCUUUUUCCUGUCAAUGCUUUUGAUUCCCUACUACACUACAGUAUUCAGAGAUCAAAGCCUGCAUCGCUGGUACAAGCCAUGUUAUCAAACAACAUACUAAACCUACUGGCCAGCGGCAUUCUAUUUUCUACUUCACGUAUGCAUUACUCUUUCGUUACUCUGAAAGCACGUGCUUUUUGUAUUUUUGUUUGGAGAUGUCAAAGCAACUUGUUUCAUGGCCAUGGAUUUUGUGUGACACUUGUCAGACAUGGUAUCAUUAUAAUUGCGUACCAACUACGCACGACCUGCCAAGUGAGGAAGAAUUCGAGGGAAUUAGCUGGGUUUGCCUCUUCUGCUGUUAAGCUACACUGUUACUCAUUAUAAACGUUAUCGGAUUUAUACUUUAUUCAGUUUAAGUUAAAGUAUUGUCAAUUGUUGUUAGAUUGAAGUGAAAAUGAUUGCCCCGGAUUUUGUCCCAUGAGGCUGUGAACGGAUUCUCAAAAAAGAACGCUGACGUUCAAAGGAUGUAUUGAAAAAAGAUUCCAGUUGUGUUCACAAACGUAACUAACCAUAAUUUUUGGUAUUGUAAAAUAUAUUAGUGAUUUAGGACAGAGUUUAAAAGAUCACAAUGUAAAUUGUACAAUUUGUUAGUAGUUAAGGGCAGAGUUUAAAAGAUCACAAUUUACACUCACUUCUUUAAUUGGUCCUACUUUCUCUUUAAUUAUGUCACGAGCGCCGUUCCACACAUGACGUAUAAUUUAUGAAAAUGCAUCAGUUUGCUUUUGUCCAAAAAUGCCCCGCUCUAACGUCCACUGCCUUACCCCCUCCCCCCCUAAACGUCCGGUUGACGUUAAGCGGGGGAAAAGUGAAUAUGUCGACAGCCCCUUAUUGCUUGCUUUUAUUGUAUGUAAACACCGUGAAUAAAAUUAAUGAUCACUCAAAGAAAUGCAAUAAAAAUGAUUUCAAAAUUUCAAAACGGAAAUGUUUUUAGACGCUAUGAGUAGUUAUAAUAAUGUCUGUUCUACAACAACUCUAAAACACUUGUUUUCCUCAUUUUCCUGUCAUCCAGUUUUUUCCCCCUAGUACCAAAUUGUCCUGACGGAAAUUGCGUGAAUAUUUCUGUCACGCAAUUUCCGUCAUUUUUCAAUUUUUCCUGAUUUUAGAAAAAAAAAAUUUUCUAGACUUAUUUCCGACAAUUAUAGUACUUUUUUAAUAUCUAAACUUAAAAGUCCAAAAAAGACUGGAAACAAUGUGAAAAGGUAAUAUUUCUGAUUAAAUCUAGUUAUCAAAAAUAUAUGAACUCGCUUCUCUCGUGAUAAAACCAUAAAAAUGAGGAAAAAGCGUGGUUCAGAGCAUCGUAGAACAGACAAAUAUAUUUUGUACUUAACAUUACAAGGGAGAUCCACUCUCUUUUUAGGGCGGAAAAACAUCAAUUUAAAGUUGAGGAAAAAAUAAAAUUAUAACAAAUAUUGUCACUCGACCCUUACCGUGUACUGAAAUCUUGUUGUUAAAUUGGAGGAAUUUUAGCUCUAACAAGAGAACCUUUUAGAGAUUUUUCUUCCGAUAAGCAAAAACUGGGGCGUUAGGAUAUAUUUGCGCGAGCGUGUUGUUGCCUGUAAAAGGGUGCUAGUGUUUCAUCAGAAUCUUUUUGAGAUUCGGAGUAGCAGGAUUGAAAGUCGUAACGAAAGGCAAAAUCUUUUUUGAUGUUUUAGGUUUAUUUUGUAAAGCCGUUUUGAGUGAUUCGAAACGAAAUUCGGCUAGGAUUGUUUUGACAAGUUCCCAAGGUAGCUCGUUCUAUAAGGCGAGUUAAGAAUUCUUUAAUGAAUGUUUAACGGAAAAACUGUCAGGGAUGCAUGACACUUGUACUUCAAUAGCUGAUAAGGUGAUACUCGAUAAAGAAAUAUCAAAAAGACGAACGAUUCGGGUUUAUGAUCUUCAGUGCGAGAAAAAAACCGUUGUUCAGGUCAUACUGAUUUUUUGAUAACUAGAUUUAAUCAGAAAUAUUACCUUUUCACAUGCAUUUUCCAGUCUUUUUUUGGACUUUUUAGGUUAGAUAUUAAAAAGUAAUAUAAUUGUCGGAGAUAAGUAUAGAGAAUGUUUUUUCUAAAAUUAAAAGAAAAAUGUCGGAAAUUCCGUGACAGAAACAAUCAGGAUAAAAAAGUGGGAAAGAAAAGUGUUUUAGAGUUGUUGUAGAACAGACAUUAUUAUAACUACUGCUAUGAAUGAGUGUAAACGGACCGGAGGCCAGGCUUUAAUUCUUGGGCGGAUAAAGUCGAUAAAUUGGGCAUAUGGGAAAGAACUCGUUCAGUAAUGAUCUUUAUUGACCAGUGAAGGCGAAGAAGAACAAUUAAGCUGAAAUGACUUUCACGACCUUCAGGGGUCUGGAGGAAUAAGAGAACAUGUUGAUAAUUUCCUUUUAAGGAACAAGGGAACCGUUGAAUAUUGUGCUAUGAAAAUCAAGGGGGGAAUUUAACUAUAGUGGGAAGCAAGGGAACAUGAACCACCCCUCUUCCCUCUUUUUGAAAGCCCUCACUUUUGAGGCACUUCGGUAUCGUAGCAGUUUAGCAGAAUCAACCCAUCUAAUGUGAACGACCGAGAGUUGGUUUUCUAAAUAAUGCAGCUCAUUCAUUUUUCCUCACCUUCGUUUUGUUAGGGUUUUGUACCACUCUACUCUGAUUUUGAGAGUUUCUACACCCGGAACAUGUAUACUCGUGCUAGAGACUGCUUUAACAGACCGAUCUGUAGCGUCCCAGGUGGAGAGAUAGACCUGCUUGACAGGGAAUCAGAGGACUGGAACUGGACCUUCAGGUAUGGUUACCCUAUAACUUGUUAACAGGCUCUUGAGCUUCGCGCUGAAACUGGGCCUAGUUGGGCAAAAAGGACUGGCCAGGGACUAGUUUGGGAUGGAUCUUAAUUUCAGCGCUUUUGAUUGCGAUCGCUUACUUUUUGCCGUAUGCAGUCAAUUAUUUCGGACACCCUCAGCUCUGCGAUCGCGAAUCGGUGUGCUCAAUUCCCCACCUCAGAAGCUCAAGGGAGGAUGAAUACAAGCUUUGGCUGCAGUGAUUUCUGGGAACGUUUGGGUGAACAAGCGUUAGUUAUGAUUUGUUGAUUGUAUUCAAAGCAACCCAACCAAUCAAAACUAACGCUUGUCCUCCCAAACGAUUCCUGAAAUUGUUGCGCCGUAAGCCUGUACCCAUUCCGUUAUAGUUUCUGAAGUGGGAAAACGAGAGUCCCUAAAAAUAGUAGGGCCUUGGUAGUUGCUUAGAGAACAUUUGCAUUAGAGAGGCAUGUAUUCAUAUUUGUAACCAGUUCGAUUGAUUCGCAACGUGGGAAUCGUAAAUCCAUCCAAAAAGACAACUAGAUGUGCUGAUAAAAGACGAAUGGAUAUCUUUUUCAAGUUGUUUCUGAAUGUUGAAAGAUGCUGCUCGGUGUCCGAGAGCAAGAUUUAGAACAAGAUUUAGAGUAGAUACAAGUUGUACGUAGCUUCGCCCGGGGGCUACUUAAUAGCGUUUUAUAUGGUAACGCUCUACCACGAGUUCUAACCCCUUAGUAAUCUUUUAUAUACCAGUUUUGGCAAAAAAUAGUAUCCCUGUCGUGUUCCUUCCAUAGAAAAGUGGUGCCCAUUUCAAAUACCUACUAACAGCAAGUCUUGUUUUCAUUACAUGUAGCGCUUAAUAUUAAAAUUGAAAUGAUACGACUGUAAGGUGCGUCUGUUCGAAAUAUUUUAAUUAAGGGUCUUUUAGAUAACAAAAUGACAGAUUUUUCCACACUUUCACGGUUUAGGCCAUCAUAGGGAGUACCUCAACCCGUAGCUUCGCCAGCGGGAGUACGUAAUUAUUGGAGAUUUUUUUUUCGGUCAAACAUCUGUAAUCUGCUAUCCAUAUUAUUGGGGUGUCCGUAAGAACGAGGUUGCCUCAAUGCGAGAGUUCGCUGUGCUCCAUCAAGGGAGCUAGUGUGUCAAAACGAGAGCAGUAAGGCCUUGGCCGAUUGUGUUCCUAAAAGUGACAAUUUAUGCAGAAAUUAAUGUAUAAGUCCCUAGAUUAUGUUCCUAGAUUCUCAAAUUAUGCUCAUAAGUUUCUGUCACUCGGCAGUGGAAAAAACUUUCAGAAGCAAAUUGCAAAUAAGUGCCAAGAUUCUCGUUUUAUGCUCAAUGACGUUCUUUUUUCUUUAAAUUCACAGUUACCCUGGAACGAAGACCAGGGCGUUGAAUCUUGCGUCGUACAACUAUCUUGGGUUUGCCGAGAAUUCUGGGCCAUGUUCAGAAGCCGCUGAGCAGGCGGUUCGCAGAUACGGUGUUGCGGGUUGUAGCCCAAGAAAUGAAUAU